GUGACGGGUGAGAGGGAGAACGGAGAGGAAGAACGACCGACAGGAGAGGAGCCCACGGCCAGUGAAGGAGCUCCUAAGAAGAAGAGAAAGAAGAAAAAGAAGAAAGCAGCAGAGAAUCCCACAGCAGCUGCAGAUGAAGGGGGAGAUGGUGAGGGUGGGGAGAAGGGUGGAGAGGGGGAUGAGAGAGAAGGGGGAGGGGAGGGAGAGGGAGGUGAGGAGGGACAGGCUAAGAAGAAGAAGAAAAAAAAGAAAAAGAAGGGAACUGCAAAUGCAGAGAAUGGCGGAAAGCCAGUCACAGAUAUUCUCCUGCUAUACAGUGGACCAUACAGUGAGCCGACCCAGCCAGCCCCUACCCAACAGCAGACAAACCCACCCUCCAUCCCCAUCUCUCAACUGUACUCUGACAAUAACUACCCCACAGGACAGGAAAUGGCUUACAAGGACGAUCGGACGGCCAGUCAGAGGUUCUCAAUGGCUGAGAAAAGGGCGCUGGAGAGGGCAGUCUCAGAGGUUUACAGUGAUGUCAGACAGGCUGCCGAGGCCCACAGGCAGACGCGGCAGCACAUCCAGCGGUGGCUGAAGCCAGGGAUGAAGCUGAUCGACGUCUGUGAACACCUGGAGCAGACGGCAAGGACACUCAUCUCUGAGAAUGGACUCCAAAGUGGCCUGGCGUUCCCGACAGGUGUCUCCCUCAACCACUGUGCAGCUCACUACACACCCAACGCAGGGGACGAUACAGUCCUACAAUACGACGACGUAUGCAAACUGGACUUUGGGACCCACGUGAACGGUCGCAUCAUUGACUGUGCGUUCACAGUUGCAUUUAACCCUGUCUACACGCCACUGCUGACUGCCGUGAAGGAAGCAACUAACACGGGCAUCAAGGAGUCGGGGAUUGACGUGAGGCUGUGUGAUGUCGGGGAAGCCAUACAGGAAGUGAUGGAAUCAUACGAAGUCGAGAUCGGAGGGAAGGUCCACCAGGUGAAGGCGAUUAGAAAUCUGAACGGACAUUCGAUUGGACCAUAUCGUGUUCAUGCAGGGAAGACAGUACCCAUUGUGAAAGGUGGAGAAGCUACGAGAAUGGAGGAAGGAGAAUUCUUUGCCAUUGAGACUUUUGGAUCCACAGGAAGGGGUGUGGUCCACGAGGACAUGGAGUGCUCUCACUACAUGAAAAACUACGAGACGAGCCACGCCCGGCAACCACUGAGGACCGCCCGGGCCAAAAGCCUACUGGCCGUCAUUAACCAGAACUUUGGGACCCUUGCCUUCUGUAGACGGUGGCUGGAUAGAUUGGGACAGAGUCGCUACCUGAUGGCCCUCAAAAGCCUCUGUGAUGCAGGACUUGUUGAUGCCUACCCCCCACUCUGUGACAUACGAGGCAGCUACACGGCCCAGUACGAACACACCAUCCUCCUCAGACCCACCUGUAAGGAAGUCGUCAGCCGAGGAAACGACUACUAAUUAUUGAACACCUCAAUUAGCAAACAUGAAAUUAUAGUUCAUAGCAUACCAGCCAUAUAAUUUAUAAUUACGUUUAAUUACAUAACAGUCUCAGAUCCUGCAUAAUAUUACCUUUCAUGUUUUGUAAUUAAUUCUCAUCCUGAGCAUCAAUAAUAAAAUGUGAUUCAUUCAUGCAGAC